AUGUUUGAGCCUGUUCGCGGAGGAACCCGUGGCGGUCAGGCAGAGUUCAAGUGGUCCGACGUAUCGCAAGACAAGGACCGGGAGAACUACCUAGGCCACAGCAUCAACGCUCCGACCGGAAGAUGGCAAAAGAACAAGGACGUGCACUGGUACCAACGCGAGAAGGCUCAAACGGACGCGGAGCGAAGGGAGGAGCUGAGGAAGAUCAAGGAAGCAGAGGAGGAAGCCUUGGCGGCGGCGCUGUGCGUACUCUCGCCGACCGCAUCUCGUCGUCUGCUCACACGUAUGCUGCAGUGGUUUUGCGCCUGGAGCGAAGCCGGGCCCUGCUGGGGCCGCAGGCACGGGGGCGAAUGCCAUUGCCGUCCCUCUCAAGUCUUCGUCCAUCGACGAGUCACUUGA